AUGUCUCUCCUCGGAAAGAAGUUCCCUACCCCCGUUGCCGGUCCUCUCGGCCCCUUCUUCGCUGCCGGUCUGGUCAUCCUCUACGGCGUCAACUCCCUCCAGAACGCCCUGAUGAACACUGCCGAGUUCAAGAACGACCCCCGCAACCCCAACGCCAAGGCUACCAAGCACUAG